AUGUUUCCUUCAUUAUUAGCAUUGAAUUGGAUUGCAAUUCUCGUUGCUACUUUGUGUGCUUCCUUUUUGGGUGGUUUGUGGUUUACUGCACUCUUUGGGAGGGUCUAUGCAGAAGCAUUGGGAAGAAGAUAUCAACCAGAGAAUAAACUAGCACCAAUCUUUAUAAUUGGACCUUUGAUUUGUACAGUUGUGACCACCAUUACGAGUAGUAUGAUGGUUGAAGCAUUCAACAUCAAUUCAAUUGCUGAUGGUUUUCUGUUUGGUGCUUUGGUUGGAUUUGGAUUCUUGGCAAUGACAACUGUGAAUACUGCAAUUAAUCCAAAUAUGCCAAGACCUUUAUUUUAUGGAUUGAUUAGUGGUUGUUACUUCUUCCUAGCUGGAAUUAUUAUCAAUGUUGUGCUUGUAGCUUUUCGUCAAUAA